UUUAAGGAAGGUUUGAUGUUGUUCCAAUAACAUUGUUUCAACUUCAAUGUCGUUUGCAACUUCGUUUCCCACCCCUCACCUUCACAGGGGAACUCUUCAAACAAAAUCUCAACCUCUUCAUCACUCUCUAUUGUUCGUAACCCCCAUUUCUUCUAUUCCACUCACCAUCAAAAAACCCAGAACUCAAUUCCAUCUUCUCUCUGACUCACUCCGUCACAACUUCCUCCAAAACCUCGAAAAUUCGCACGAACCCGUUAAUGGGGUUCCUCAAACAGAGUCCCCCGACCCACCCCGGAGAAUACUCAUCCAAGACCCACCUUGGAUUUUGAACGACCAGUUGCUGAAUGAUAUCGAGGAGGAAGAAAAGCAGAAUUUGCUGAGGAGGAGGCAGAUUGAGGCGGAGACUGAAGCAUUGGAGAAGAUGGUGGAGGAAUACAGAGAGCUAGAGAGAGAAAUGCGCGAGAAGAAUCUCACUCCCAAUUUGCCGCACGUGAAAGCUCUGUUUUUGGGGUGGUUUGAUCCCCUGAAGGAGGCCAUAGAGGCAGAGCAGAAGUCACGGAAGUCGAAGAAGCACAAAGAGGCGUUUGCACCCCACAUUGAUUCCUUGCCUGCGGCUAAAAUGGCUGUUAUUGUCAUGCAUAAGAUGAUGGCUUUGGUGACUAUGGAGUAUCAUCAUGCUGGCUGUGUUCUCCUUGUGGAUGCUGCUGUUCAGAUUGGUAUGGCUGUGGAACAAGAGGUUAGGAUUCAUAAGUUCCUGGAAAAGACUAGAAGUCACCAGAAUAAGAAAACAGAGGCUCAUAGUGAAGACAGUAUGGGUAAUGAUAAACAAAAAUUAAGGAAACAUGUAAACAGUUUGAUUAAAAGAAGAAGACUGAAACAGGUCCAGUUGCUAUUGAAAGAGGAAGAGUCUGGCCCUUGGGGUCGUGAUACACAGGCUAAGUUGGGAAGUCGGUUAAUAGAAUUAUUAAUUGAAACAGCAUUUGUGCACUCUCCGGUUAAUCAGUCUGCUGAUACCCCACCUGAUAUUCGACCAGCAUUCAGGCAUGGAUUUAAAGCUGUAUCAAAGAAUCCAGAGCAGAAGAUUUUGAAGAAUUAUGGUGUUAUAGAAUGUGAUCCCUUGGUUCUUGCUGGGAUGGAUAAAUCUGUUAAGCAUAUGUUAAUGCCUUACAUGCCAAUGUUAGUACCUCCAAAAAAGUGGAAAGGGUAUGAAAAAGGUGGGCAUUUGUUCCUACCAUCUUAUAUCAUGCGCACUCAUGGAUCCAAGAAACAGCAAGAUGUAAUGAAGAAUGUUGAAAGGAAACAAAUGCAAAAAGUUUGUGAGGCCUUGGAUACACUUGGCAACACCAAAUGGCGAGUAAAUAGAAGAUUACUUAGUGUUGUGGAGUCCCUCUGGGCAGGAGGAGGUAACAUUGCAGGUCUGAUUGAUCGUAAAGAUGUUCCUAUACCAGAGAGGCCACCCGUAGAGAAUUUAAAACAGAUUCAGGAAUGGAAGUGGAGUGUAAGGAAGGCAGAGAAAAUUAAUCUAGAGCGACAUUCUCUAAGAUGUGACACUGAACUCAAGCUUUCUGUGGCUCGAAAAAUGAAAGAUGAGGAAGGCUUUUAUUAUCCCCACAAUGUUGACUUCCGCGGCAGAGCAUAUCCCAUGCAUUCUCAUUUGAAUCAUUUAAGUAGUGAUCUAUGUCGAGGAUUGCUCGAGUUUGCUGAAGGGAGGCCAUUAGUAAAGUCUGGACUCCACUGGCUGAAGAUACACUUAGCAAAUUUGUAUGCUGGUAGUAUUGAAAAGCUGUCUUAUGAUGGCCGCCUAGCUUUUGUAGAGAAUCAUCUCCAUGAUAUAUUUGACUCUGCUGAUAACCCUAUUAAUGGAAAUCGUUGGUGGUUAAUGGCUGAGGAUCCUUUCCAGUGCCUUGCUGCCUGUAUCAAUCUGUCAGAAGCCUUAAGAAGCUCAUCACCAAAUUCUGUUAUCUCACAUCUGCCAAUUCAUCAGGAUGGUUCCUGUAAUGGCUUACAGCACUAUGCUGCUUUGGGAAGAGAUGCUCUGGAGGCUACUGCAGUUAACUUGGUCGCUAGCGAGAAACCAGCUGAUGUUUACUCAGAGAUUGCUGUUAGGGUUCAUGAUAUUAUGAGAAGGGACAGCAACAAAGACCCAGCUGCCUAUCCAGAUGCUUUGUUAGCAAAAGUUUUAAUUGAUCAGAUUGAUAGGAAACUGGUCAAACAGACAGUGAUGACUUCAGUUUAUGGUGUUACUUUUGUUGGGGCACGAGAGCAAAUAAAGAGAAGAUUAGAGGAGAAAGGACAUAUUACUGAUGAAAAACUUUUAUUUACUGCAGCUUGCUAUGCUGCUAAAGUGACAUUAACUGCCCUUGGAGAAAUUUUUGGAGCUGCACGUUUCAUUAUGGCCUGGCUUGGUGAUUGUGCAAAGGUGAUUGCUUCUGAAAACCAGCCUGUUCGUUGGACCACUCCUCUUGGUCUUCCAGUUGUACAACCAUAUUGUAAAACUGAACGUCAUCUGAUCAGAACGUCUCUUCAGUUUUUGGCUUUGAGGCGGGAGGGCAAUGCAGUAGAUGCCAAGAAACAGAGAACUGCAUUUCCUCCAAACUUUGUACAUUCACUGGAUGGUUCACACAUGAUGAUGACUGCUCUUGCCUCUAGGGAUGCUGGCUUAUGUUUUGCAGGGGUUCAUGACUCAUUUUGGACUCAUGCAUGUGACGUGGAGAAAAUGAGUCAGAUUCUUAGAGAAAAAUUUGUGGAGCUUUAUAGCAUGCCAAUACUUGAAAAUUUGCUGGAAGGCUUUGAGACAUCAUACCCGGGAUUAGCUUUCCCUCCCCUGCCAGAGAGAGGUGAUUUUGACUUGCGGAAGGUUCUCGAGUCUCCAUACUUCUUUAACUGAGCAUUGCUUCGCAUGAAACUAUUACAAAAUUCAAUGGAUGCAAUGUUACCUUCACUUCCAAUGCAAAAUCAUUCAGCAACUUCUGAGACAAAGACAAUACUUCCUUCAUCUUGUGUGGAAGUUGCAAUUCAAAGAAAGACCCCAGGUUGCUUAUGGGAAAGGCCUGAAAGGAAGUCUCCUCUAAGAAUGCUCAGAACUAGUUUGGCUAGUUUAAGAGGAGAUAAGCUUUGAUCAUCCUUUACAUUUUAUAAUCAACUUGCAGGGCAGGAAUUUCUCCAUCAAAUUUUUAAUGUUGCCGAUUUCCUUCACUCAAAUUGAGUUUGCAGAAAGUCCAAGUCUAGAGCGGAGCUAAAGACCGGUGACCAUAACUGAUUUUGAUAAUGUAAACCAUCCUUUUUCUGUUUACAUGUACUAUAAUGUGCGAAUAGUUGUAUUAUAUCUAAGAUUGAAAGAUAGAUUGUUAGGCAUAGAAUUAAUGAUUUUGUAAUUUGUACAUAGAAUUAUUCAUGUUCAUUGGUUUCAAUCAUAAAUUCUAAUAGUAUGGAGAAAUUUUUUUAAAUUGA